AUGGACAAUGCUUCAGCUAUAACUGUGUUCACUCUGUCUGGUUUAAAUGGUACAGAGAAGUACAGGAUCCCUCUGUUUGUUGUAACAUUUCUGUGUUACAGUUUGAUCUGGGUGGCAAAUGUGACUAUUAUAGUGACUAUUAUUAUGGAUAAGAACCUUCAUGAGCCUAUGUAUAUUUUGUUGUGUAACCUGUGCAUCAAUGGACUGUUUGGCACUGCAGGUUUUUACCCCAAGUUCCUCAGCGACCUCCUCUCCUCCACCCAUGUUAUUUCAUUUUCUGGCUGUCUGUUACAGGGAUUUGUGGUCCAUGCUUACAUUGGUGCUGAUUUGUCUAUUCUGUUAGUCAUGUCUUUAGACCGAUAUGUUUCCAUUUGCCGCCCUCUGGUGUACCACUCUGUAAUGACACGACAAAGAGUUGGCCUUUUGGUGCUGUUUGCUUGGCUUCUUCCAGCAACCCUGGUAAUGGUUAGUUCGAUUACAACAUUUAUUUUAAAGUUAUGUGACUCACAUAUACCCAGACUCUACUGUAUCAAUUUUUUUGUAAACAAACUUGCUUGUACCGCUUCUGCAGCCAGUUUUAUUAUACCAGCAUGUACAUAUACUAUUUAUGUGUGCCAUUUUGGGUUUAUUUGUUUGUCAUAUUUUUAUUUAAUAAGAACAUGUCGACAAUCCAAAAAUAAUAUGAGUAAAUUUAUGCAAACUUGUCUCCCACAUGUCAUAUGUCUGAUAAUUGUGGGGAUCGGUUUCCUUUUUGAUUUAAUGUACAUUAGAUUCGGCUCUGUAGAUCUACCACAAGGACUCCAAAACUUUAUGGCCAUUGAGUUUUUAGUUGUUCCUCCAAUUCUGAAUCCUGUUAUCUAUGGCAUGAAGUUGACACAAGUGAGAAACAGGAUUGCACAAUUGUUUGGUGUGAAACAAAACAAGGGCUCCCAUAAAUUUGUCAAAAAGAAAAAAAAAACCGAGCAGACCCCCAGUAGAGUCCCGGCCACAGCCCCAGCAGCAGAGCUCAGAUUCAACCUGAGUCCUCCCUCCAUCCUGAGUGAACCUCCAAACACUCCACCCAGAACAGCUCCCAGCGCGGCCCCUCCAGCCAUCAACCGCACAGGGGAGGAGAUCACAAAAUAA